AUGUACCCAACACUCCCUUGUCACUCUGUCCCCUGGGAGGAGCAGCAGGAGGCGGCCAUCGGGGACACCCAGGACACCAAGCCGGUGGGGCUGCUUCCCGAGCACCCUGGGGUGCUGGGACCCCCUGGAUCCUCAUUGGGGCUGGGAUCUGCCCCCCAGGGAGCCCCACCCGGUCCCGGCGUCUCCUGUUGCCGCGUCUGCUGCCAGGCCGGUGCCGUGGUGAUGUGCGACCGUUGUGAGCACUGCUACCACCUCGACUGUCACCUUCCUCCCCUCCAGGAGGUCCCCAGCCCCGAGUGGAGGUGUCUGCUGUGCCAGGACCUGCCACCCCCCAGCGAGGACCUCGCCAAAGGCUUCGAGGAGGGGCCGCCCCAAAAACUCUGCCCCCUGGACCAGCAGGUAUGGGAAGCCGACGCUUUCCGGUGA